AUGUUACGGAGUUCUCUUGCGGUUUUCAUUCUGCUACUGGUACUCAGCCUAGGUCACUGUCAGGACAAUGAUCUUCCAUCGGGAUACGAGAUCGAGAGCUCGAUCAACCGUACGAUCGAGGAAGUCGAGCGACAGGUUCGCGAGAACCCGAAGCUGCCUCGUCUAACUAGGCAGCAAAUAGUCCACAUCCUCGAGAACAUCACGUCGCAAGAUCUGAACGCGUACAAAGACAAGGAGAAGCUAGAAAAAGCCAGAAAAUUGUACCAAAGAGCCCUCAUGGUUGUUCUUCCCUACAACGCCGAGAAAGGAAGCUUGAACGACCUGUACACGAAGCCACCUAUGACCCAAAUAAUUCCCGAUCGCUCGUUCAAGGACUCGAAACAGGAGGACAACGAGGUUCGCAACGAAGCGUCCACCGAGAACCUGGUGUCUCAAAGCUACAAACCGAAGUCCAAGAACCAAUACAAGAAUCAUAGAGAGACGUACUCCGAGGUGCAGGGAAAGCUGCCUUUGAAGGAGACGCUGAAACUGGACUCCACGCCUGUGAGGUUCUCCUUCAACCUGGAGAACCUGCAGAAGAGCUACACCACAGAACGAACGACGACAAAGAGGUAUCCAGUGUACGAGAAAUCGGACCUGGAGAUCGUUUACAGUACGAGUGUCACGGAACCCACCACGAAGUCUACACCCAAAGAGAUCGUCAUAGACCUGGAUCGCUCAAAGGCGACCCAAAACGUGUUGACGUCCAGUCAGUGGCGUUAUAACGCGCCUCCAAGUACUCUGAAACCAACGUUACCUUCGAACGUCGACAAGAUUCCUUUUCUGCCAACCGUGAACAAACCUGAGGAACCUAUUUCUACCGAACGAGUUCCAAACGAGACCACGGAGCUAUAUAUUAGUUCGGAACAACCCACUGCGUUGUACGUGACACCCAUGUCCACGGAAACAUCUCCCAGAGUGAAAUACAGCUCCACUUAUUCCGUGAACGCUGCAGGGUUUCGAGCGAGCACUACGUCAACCAUGAGGCCAGAGGUGAUGGACCUGCUGGAGUCGAUCGGUCUGAGGCCCGACAACUACAGCAACGUGGAGGACGUUUAUAAGAAGAACAAGAACCUGCUAGAGAGUUCUGAGUUGAACAGCAUUCAGGGAUUAGUUCCAGCCGGGUCGGACUCUCCGUCGAUACACGAUCAGAACACCUUCGAGAGUUCUGGGUUUGAGAUUAAGAAAGGCAUGGAGAAUCUGACGCCCGAGGUGCAGAUGCUGUUCCAGAGGUUUGGGCUGCAGACCUCGAAUCUGGAUACGACUACUACCACAACUGCGAAGACUGUCAGUUUUAAUUCGUACACGAACUUUAAACCUUUGCCCACGUCCAGCGUGAAGGAUCAGGGGAUGAAGGAGUUCCUGGCGAAGUUCGGUCUGGUCGAUAAUCGGAGGCAGAAGUCCAUGAGGCCGACGGAGGCUUCGUUGAUCGAGGCUGUGCCCCAGAAUAUGAGAGGCAUCCUGGAGAACAUUGGUCUCAUUUCGAGCACUCAGAAGGAUAUGGAGACAGAGACGACGAACCACGUGUUCAAGCCUCAUGAAGUGAAUGUAAAAGAUGAGGAACAGAGGAGCAAGAUUAACGAGUUACUGGAUACUGUUAAAUUGGUACAACAAGGCAAGGCUGAUAUUCAGAACGUGAAGAAGGCGGCUAAUGAUCUGAUAGAGUCGACGAAGACUCUGAAGGAUGGACCAGAUCCUUUGAAGCUUGAGGAGAUCAUCAGAAAUUAUAGCAAGGAGCUGAGGAACGAGGUGAAGCGACAGGAACAGGUGACCACUGUUAGCACCACAGAAGAAACGAUAGCUACGACUGUGAACCGAGUAUUACUAUGAAACUUGUCAACAGAAUCGACGACGACCAGCACAGAUUCCACGAAAUCGGCAGAUCAGUUAGCUGUGGACUCGUCCACUUCCAAGGAUUCUACGACCUCAACGACCUCGAACUCUACGACCUCGAAUCUAAUGGCACUAGAGGAGUCUUUUGGCGGGACGACUCCCGAACCAGAUCCUGUUCUUCCGCCAAAAAGAAAAAACGGGCUGUACUUCCUAGUGGACUGGAACACGUUCCUGGAAGUCGGCGAGGACGACAAGGAGAAGAUCAAUUUGAGAUUUCAACCAAAAGUUGGAGACAGAACGAGAUUUUUACCAGUAUCGGUGCCUUAAACUUUCUUCUAUUUAUUA